AUGUGGGUCAUCCCCCCCCCCUCUUCCCAACUAAAACUAACUGCCAGAUUCGGAAGAGCUUGCGAAGGAGAGAAACCCAAGGCUACCAGUCGGUGGGAUAUCCCAGGGUGUGAUCUUCCGGAUCCCUGCAGCUUGCCAGCGUUGCCACCCCUUGCAAUGCAAUCGCACUUUGGGUGCGCUGUGCCGCGUGCAAAAUUGGGUGGAUAUGCUGCUCCAGAGAUCCCAUGUGCCCAUGCAUGGUUUGGACAAGGGUCAGGGCGCGAACUCCUUCGUGACUCGAGAGGAAUCGGUACGUGUACUAGUAGUAGUACUGUACUUACUAGUAGCAGUAGCAGUAGCAGUAGCAGUAGCAGUAGCAGUAGCAGUAGCAGUAGCAGUAACAGUAGCAGUAGCAGUAGCAGCAGCAGCAGCAGCAGCAGUAGUAGUAGUAGUAGUAGUAGUAGUAGUAGUAGUAGUAGUAGUAGUAGUAGUAGUAGUAGUAGUAGUAGUAGUAGUAUUAGUAGUAGUGGUAAAAAAUAG